GAAGCCUUUACGUAUCAAUUAGUGCGUAAACGCAAUAGACGUGAACGUAGUGCUGGUGAGCGCUAGGCAAAUACAGGUGGACGGAAAUAUUUGCCUGAUAGCACAGAGGAGAUAUGGAUUUCAAUAAAACGGUGCUGUGCGAGAGCCUGAUUAUUUGGCUGCAAACCUUCAAAACUGCAGCCCCCUGUAAGACAGUGAAGGAUCUGACCUCAGGGGCAGCCAUGUCUCAGGCUCUGCAUCAGAUAGAUCCUUCAUGGUUCAAUGAGAGCUGGCUGGCCCGCAUUAAAGAGGAUGUUGGAGAUAAUGUGAGACUCAAGAUGAACAAUCUAAAAAAGAUCCUGCAGAGGAUUGUUGAUUAUUAUAAUGAGGUUUUGGCUCAGAAGAUCACAGAUUUCCCUCUGCCUGAUCUGGUGCGUGUGGUAGAGCAGUCUGAUCAGGUAGAGCUGGGACGCCUCCUGCAGCUCAUCCUGGGGUGUGCAGUCAAAUGUGACAGGAAACAAGAUUAUGUCCAGAUUAUCAUGACUUUGGAGGAAUCUGUACAGCAUGUGGUGAUGACUGCUAUUCAGGAGCUUAUGAGCAAGGAGACUGUGUCUCAGUUAGGAACAGAAUAUCCUGGAGAUGUUGAAAAACGGUUAAAGAAAGCCUUGGAGGAUCUGACUGAAGUCAUGGCAGAGAAAGAAGAGUUGGCACAGCGCUGUCAGGAGCUCGACAUGCAGGUGACAGUGCUACAGGAGGAAAGGAACAGCCUCCUCGCAGAAAAUGACCUCUUGACUGAUCGAGCCAGUCAGCUUGAUACUUCUGAAGACCCCAGCACUCCAUCAGGGAGGAAGCAAAGCCAGCUACAACUAGAGCUAGAGCAGCUUCAGGAGGAGAACUUCAGGCUUGAGGCAGCUAAAGAUGAUUACCGCAUCCACUGUGAAGAGCUGGAGAAACAACUAGUGGAGCUUCAGCAUCGCACCGAUGAACUGACCAGCCUGGCUGAGGAGUCGCGAUCACUUAAAGAUGAAUUAGACAUAUUAAGGAGCUGCUCUGACAGGGCAGUCAAGCUAGAGGCCUCUGUUGAGACGUACAGGAAGAAGUUAGAAGAUCUAAGUGACCUCAGACGGCAAGUGAAAGUUCUGGAGGAGAAGAAUAUGACCUACAUGCACAACACAGUCAGCCUUGAAGAGGAGCUACGCAAAGCUAAUGCUGCAAGAGCUCAGUUAGAGACAUACAAGAGACAGGGUCAGGAGCUCCACAGGAAACUGUCUGAUGAGUCCCGUAGGGCUGAUAACCUGGCUUUCGAGAUGAAGAAAUUUCAGGAGAAAUAUGAUACUUUACUAAAGGAGAAAGAGAGGAUCAGCAUUGAGCGGGACACUCUCAGAGAGACUAAUGAAGAGCUGCGAUGCACUCAGGCCCAACAGGACCAGCUAUUACAAGCAAGAAAGUAUCAAACAGGAAGUCCAAGCCAUGAUAACCUGGCAGCUGAGAUGUUGCCCAUUGAGUACAGGGAGAAGUUCAUUCGUCUGCAGCAUGAGAACAAGAUGUUGCGGCUGCAGCAGGAGGAGUCCGAGAACGAGCGCAUAACUGAGCUGCAGGAGCUGCUGGAGGAGGCCCGGCGUGGACGCAGCCAACUGGACACUGAGAACAGGUUAAACAGAGAAAGAAUCAGUGAACUCCAGCAGCAGGUAGAGGAUCUGCAGAAGGCCUUGCAGACACAAGGAGCCAAACCUGAAGAUUCUCAUCUGAAAAGGAAGCUGGAUGCUCAUAUGGUGCAACUGAAUGAAGCACAAGAUGAAAUCAUGAAGAAGAAAGAGCUGUUGGAGGACCUCCAGCCAGAUGCUACUCAAACCAGUGUGAAGAUGGAUGAGCUGGUUGCAGCACUGAAGAAGAAAGAUGAGGACAUGAGAGAGAUGGAGGAUCGAUACAAGAUGUACCUGGAGAAAGCCCGUGAUGUGAUUCGAGCUCUGGAUCCCAAGCUAAAUCCAGCCUCAGCAGAGAUUCAGUCACUGAAAGCGCAGCUCUCUGAGAAAGAGAAGAAGAUCAUUGCUCUGGAGCGGGAGUGUGAGCAGGCCAAACUGAGGGAAUAUGAGGAGAAGUUAACUGUGACAGCUUGGUAUAAUAAGAGUUUGAACUUCCAGAAGAUGUCAAUCGAGUCACGGCUUAGCGGGCGAUCCAACUCUCUAGUGCCACCUGGCCAGUCCUUCCUGGCUCAGCAACGUCGGGUGACCAACGCGCGGCGUACCAUGUCCAUCAACGUGCCUGCCACUUCUUCCAAGUAACCUUGUCCUCAGUACCUCCCAGCUUCCUGCUCUUCUCCUUCUUUCCCUCACAUGUACACUCAAGUGACCUUAAGUACACUUCUAAACAAGGGGACAAGCCUGCCAUGAUGAACAUUAGCAUGUCCCCAUGUGAUCACUCUCUACAGUUACACAUGUAUAAUAAUGUACAUAAGGGGCUGAACUCUGAUGAAAGUUACUCAGUCAGCACACAAUUAUGUACAGUUUUCACUUUCAGUACUAAACACGCACCUGUAACAGUCUGCAGCAGG